AUAGUUUAUCAGAAUAAUACCAUUGUACGUUGCGAUAGCUUAACUGAAACUAAACAAACCGAAAGUCAGUAGUGCAAAAGAUAAACCAACGGAUUGUUUUUCUGUCAUUCGAAUUCCAUACAGACAUUCAUUGAUGUGCUAUUAACUACCACCAGAGAAUUUAUCAUUAGAAUGAGUGAGCCGCCACUAAAGAAAAAGAGGACAAUUCUUGAUUUUUUCUCUGGAAAAGGUAAUAAAAAAAGUCGAGGAGAAGGAAAGAAGGUAGAUGUAAUGGCAAGUGCAGCCAAUGCAGUAGACAAAAACAGUUCCAGUGGAGCAAAAACAAAAGUUACAGAUGAUGAGGUACCAGGUACAUCAGCUGCUGAUACACAUGUAGAGGAAACAAUUGUUAUAAAUGACUUUGAUUCUGAAGACACACUGAAGGAUAUUCCAACUAAAAAACCAAGCCAAUGUAAAGCUGGUAGUCAGGCAUGGAAGGGAAUUCCUUUAAAAAUUCUGGACAAGUUAACUGAUAUGGAUGAGAAUCUGGGACCACUACAUGGCACAGACAACCACAGGGUGCUCUUUAAAACACCUUUUAAAUAUGAUGGUGUAAAGCCACCUACUCCUUUCCCAACUUACAAAGAUAAAUGGGAUACUAACUAUGUGAGAAUGCCUUGUUCUAACCUUAGUGAAUAUCCAACUACUGGGAAGGAUGGGGGUCCAAAAGUUUUACGUCGAUGGGAUAUGAUACAGGAGGCAUUGCUGGCUGAUAUUCCUGGACCAUAUGAACUAGAGGAGAAAAUUCUCUCAUACAAUUCUAGAUAUUUUGGAAAGUGGAAUUUUAAUGUUCUCCAUUCUUUCUUUGUUGAGAAUAUAGAUAAUGCUGAAAGAAAUCAUUUCUUUAAUGAUACAUUGAAGAAGAUGGCAACAUUAGCUUUACAGUUACCCCAUUUAUGUACAGCACCUAUUCCUUUGUUGAAAUGUAACAGAAAUUUUAGUGUUACUUUGAGUCAACAGCAGAUAGCCUGUCUCCUAGCCAAUGCAUUCUUCUGUACUUUCCCAAGACGAAAUGCUAAAUCUAGAACAUCCGAAUAUAUUAGAUAUCCAAACAUCAACUUCAACUCAUUAUUUAUGGGCCAGCCAUCCUAUGUCAAGUUUGAAAAAUUAAGAUGUAUUAUCCAUUACUUCAACAGAAUUUUUAAGAAAAUGCCAUGUGGAACUGUUACAUUUACAAGACAGUGUAUUCCACAAGAUAAGAUGCCAAACUGGGAGAAUGAUGACACACCGUUGCGGGGUUUACAUGUAUCAUCUGAGGGAACUAUAGAGGAUGAUGGUUUGGGACUGCUACAGGCUGACUUUGCCAACAUGUAUCUAGGAGGUGGGGUAUUAGGGAAUGGUUGCGUUCAGGAGGAAAUACGGUUCUUGAUUUGUCCAGAGAUGAUUGUAUCACGACUGUUUACUGAAUGUCUUAACAAGAAUGAAUGUCUUUUAAUGAGAGGCUGUGAACGAUUCAGUAACUAUGAUGGUUAUGCUGCAAAGUUUGAAUGGAAGGAAAAUUAUAUUGACACAACUCCUAGAGAUUCAUGGGGAAGAAUUAAAUGUGAAGUAACAGCAAUAGAUGCUCUUGUUAUACAUGACUUCAGAUCUCAGUUUCAAGUAGCAACAGUGAAGAGAGAGUUAAACAAGGCAUAUUGUGGGUUUGCCUAUCUUGGUAAGAAGACAACUGAUACAUUACCUGCAGUAUGUACUGGUAACUGGGGAUGUGGUGCAUUUGGGGGAGACAAACAAUUAAAAGCUUUAAUCCAGUUAAUGGCAGCAGCUAAAGCGGGUCGUGACCUGUGUUACUUCACGUUUGAUGACGAGGGUUUGAGGGACCAGAUUUUUGCUAUUCAUAAAUACCUUACAUCAGAUAACAUGCUCAGAAUAGGGGAGAUAAUGGCAAUGUUAGGACUAUACUAUUCUGAUGUAGUGAAGCAUUCAUCUGGGAAAUAUGUUAAACAUGAACUCUUUGAAUACAUUAAAGUGAUUUUUAGUGUUAAUUCUGGAAGAAACAAAUUAUCCAAAACUGUUCCCCAUAAUCCGGGGCAUGUCCAAACUCGACAUGGGCAUGGUAGGCUCUCCUAUACCUAUCCUGGUCAUCAUAACACCCGCAGCAGACCACACAACCAAGGUCAUGGUCAUCAUGUUGGUUCCAGGUUGUGGAAUGAAUUUUGAUAAAUAACCUCUGAUAUCAGUGAUAUAUCGGAUAAUAAAUAAACAGAUUAUGUCUUAUCAUAUCAAAAGACCUGCUGUGAAUAUCUUUAAUAACUAGUGAUUUAUUUCCAUUACAUGUCAGUAUUUAAUCUUCUCAUGACAAUGUCGACAAUUUAUGAUGUGUAUAUAUCUUUGAGAGAGAACUUGUUGGAAAGAAUUUGUUAUAAUUAAAAAGUAAACAUAUGUCUGACUAUAUUCACUGUAGACCUUAAAUGUACAUUCAAAAUAAUUCUGAACUGGAAUAAGGCUUGUGAUUCUGUUAAUUGAAUUGGAUGUUACUGAAUAUGACUUAGUGUUUUCCUUACAAAGCUUGUCUUCAAACUAUGUUCAAAAUAAACUCACUUAUAAUAUUGUGAACAGUGUAUUGUGAUUUAUGAAAAGCCAUUGGGAUAGUUUUAUGUGUAGCAUUGUUAACAUAGUUUAUUGUGUUUUCUCCCUUUAAUGCGAGAAUAAUUUUGAUGUUGAAAUUUGCUUCUGCAGUGACAAUUAUUCUCAAUGUGGAAAUGUUUCUUGUAUUAUUUGAAUAUUUUGUAUUAAAGGUGACCUUCUAAAACUGAUAGAACAGUAUAGGAGAAAUGUGCUGCUUAAAUCCAGAUACAAACCUGCCCUCAAGUUAUUUGGCUAUAUUAGAAGUGUAUUUGAUGGUGGACUAGAAGACACUGGAAGUGAAGACAGUA